GUGGUAACGGACCGUCAUCUUUACCGCUCAGAGAUGAUUCUCUACCUACACAGAUUGUGGAAUAGCCAUUAAAAUGUUAUCGGAAUAGCGCGCGUUGCGAACUAGCUUACGAGUCGACCAAUCGAGAACCGUUUGUGAGUCGGUGGGUACGUUUCCACGGAAUGUGAGCAACCGUUGAACGAAGUGACGAUACUACAUAUACACAUGUACAUUUCGUCGCCGUCGUCGUCGCGAUAGUCGUCAUCGUCGACGUCGGCGUUGAUUGUGUGCCGAUCUCGAUUGUAACGAACUGAAAGCAAGCUGAUUUGCCGAUAGAAAUAAAGCAUACAUACAAAAAAUAAAGUAAAAAAUAAAUUUCUCUCGUAACCGAACCUUAUUUGAGAACGAAACUUCGUUAGGUAGUGACAUCGUUAUCUUUUAUUCUGGUAUUUAUAGAUUCGAAAUCGAUGUAUUCAACAUAAUUUUCUGAACGUGAAAGAAACAGGUCUUGAGAUAGGAGGAAGAGAGAACGAGGUAGAAAAUCAGUUACAAACGAGAGUGAUAGGACUAGUUCAGAGGAAACGAGAAAGCUUCGAUAGUGAAACGGAGUGAGAACGAGAGCGUUAAGCAGGGUGAGUGAGGAGAAGGAAGGGAUCUCCGUCAAAAUGUCGCUGAAAACACCAACGCGGAUACAGUGAUUGCUUUUCGUCAUUUAACAGGGGGUUUUGGUAAAGUUAAUUAUUUAAUAGUACCAAAAUUAUGGUGUCAACUCGCCAAUCAAGUAGUAUGAGUGGAAGCAAUGGUGGUGGGCCAGCUGCCGAUGUUACAGAUGUGAAUUCAUCUAGAAGACAUCAAUCUGUAGCAAUGACUAGCUCUUACAAUGGAGCAUCUGUUUCGGAGCCACCACCUUAUAGUAAUUUAAAUCUUCUUGACUUACCAGUUGAAAUUCUUGAAAAAAUUUUCAGCUAUUUGGAUUAUAAUACAGUGGCCCAUUUACGUCCAGUUUGUCAUCAGAUGGAUCGUGUUUGUGGAUCAAUUUUGAAUUCUACAUUUCAAAAACUUCAAGCACAAAUGUUGAGUCGUUUUCAGGCAAUUAAAGCACAAAUGCCAAGACGUGAAUCUGCACGUCGUAACCAUCCAUUAGCUUGUGAAUCAGAUAUCAUUGAAACUCUUCAUAUGCGUCUUACUUUACUUCAGAUGAGUUUUGGCAAACAUAUUGAACGUAAACAUUGUUGUUUUUUUCCUGGAGAGAUUUUAGAUGAAGUUUAUCGUAUUUUACAUUACAUAAAAGUUACUCCAAAAUUAGCUAGACCAUACAAAGUUACAGAUGAAUUAUUUGAUUUAAGUACUAUGGCUAUGGAAUACUUUAAAGAACGCAUUGAACCAACAUUACCAGAAAUCCCUUAUUUUGGAGCUGAUUUUCUAGAUCUUGCUGGGACAUUUUCCUCUUCUAGUAAUGUGAGCAAGCCAUUUAUGUGCCUGGAUUCUACACCUUUAACUGGAACUGGUAAAUCAGGAAAUAAUAGUGGAGAAGAAGGAACUCCUCCACACUCUUCAGAUGAUCCUGGUCUUUUAGAAUCUAAUGUAUCACCUCCACAGUCAAAUAUGGUGUUACGAAAACGAAUUCGUAAAAUUAAACAAGGCAUGAAGCGAUAUAAUAGUCAGUUAACAUUAAUGCGUAGAGAUUUGAGGAGUUGCAAAGCAAAGAUAGCAGAACAACAAAAGCAGAUUAUUGAAUAUGCUACACGUCUUGAUGAAAAUGACAAGAAGAAUGAAGAGACUUCUCGUAAAUUUAGCACACUUCUACAGGUAUUUACUAAGGAAUUGAACAAGUGUAAAACAGAGCUUCAGUAUUGGCGAUCUAAAUCUCCAGCAAUACCAGUGUGUGUAGUCUGUGGUCAAUCUGUAUUAGUACCAACAGAGGAUCUGCAAGCUUUAACGAAUCAAGGCGUAUUACCGGAAACGCUUGAUGAAGGAUUAGAUUUCAUUCCUAUAGCGGAUGCACAAAGUCUUACUGAAGUGGCACCUCAAUCCACAGUUACACAACAACCUUCAUCGCCAUCACCACCACCGCCACCACAACCACCAGCACCAACAGUGGAAAUGGCACCUCCAAAGGCACCUAUGCCUUCAUUACUUUCAAAACGGAAAUCUACUACGGAAGAAGCACCGAGCGACGCUGGAAAGAAACCUCGUCGUGCUGCUAAGUCACGUCAGGUUAAACGCUCGAAGAUAUAAUUCGAUUCUGAUCAUGGUACAAAAAUAUCUGUGUAACAUCUUUACUAGGUUCUUGAAAGAAGGUUUUCUAUUUGAAAUAACUGUUUCUUUACGCCAGCGAACGAAUGAUCUUAGAAAAGUACAAAAUUCUUUCCUGAACGUCCUGCAUUUCGCGCAACGAACCUCAUUUUGAAAAAUUCUAGCCAUGGUGACCGCGCGAAGGGAAUUGACGCGAUUGAUUUUCCUAUUUUAUUACGGACGGAUUUGUCACACACGGUGGCGUCUACAAAUAUUCUAAAUGAUAGCUGAUCAUUCGUGUCGUUCGUAAAGCAACAAAAGAGCUACUUUUUUCAAACCUUUUUUAAUUAUUAUUUCCAUAAUGAUAUACAAGGAGAACGGAAGGAUUGAAUUUUGUAUAAAAUGUUUAUUUUACAACAAUAUCGUGUUAAUAGAACAAAUAAACAUCAUACAGUGAUGUUUGACUAACGAAGCAAUAAUUCACCUUCUGUAUUCCUUGUCACAAUAGAUGCACUUAUUCAUUAUUUACUUGCUAACGUGUGUAACAUUUUUUUGCCGUAAUAUUUUGCCCUAAACAUUUUAUUUUUAAUAGCUUAAUUUAAUAUCUAUUAGACAAUAUGCAAGAACAAAUACAGAAAUGCAAAAUUUAAUCGAAUGAAAAAAUAUUUUCUCUAUUCAAAUUGCGAAAAUUCUUGUUUCAUAUUUUAUAUUCUAUUGUUUAUUAUAGCUUUGAAUUAGAUAAAAAUUAUUAAAUUUGAUGAAUUAGGCAAGAAUUUCUUGCUUUGUAGAGAUUUUUAUAUAAAAUUUCGAGUGGACAUUAGACAUGGUUGUAGCAAAUUUUAUUUUGCAGUAUCAAUGAAUAAGUACCUGAGAGGACUGAGUGGGAUUAGUUCGCGCAGGUACUCCAAGUUCAUCAAUAUUCAUAUCAAUUUCUUAAUUUAUCUAAGUCUGCUCAAUUAAAGAAAGAAAAAACAAAACAAAAAAAAAAAGAAAAAGAAGAUAACAAUUUUUCUGUAAAAACGGUUUGUGCAUACCAUUCAUGUUAUGUUAUACAAAAUGAAUAGUGAAAGUCAAAGGCUUGAAAAAUUGAAUUGCUUUUGCAUAAUGAUAUGUGAUAUAUUGAUUAUUUUUUUCAGAUUAUUAAUAAAUGAAUUUGUAAUUAAAGAAAUUAAAUAAUUUAAUAGAGCAGCUCACCUAUAUGAAAUCAAAACAGUUAUAUUAAUAUAAAGUUUGUGAGCCUUAAAAAAUAGGAAGUUGGGGAGGAAAUGAAAAUAUGCUGAAAUAUCUUAAUGGAAGUUAUUUUUUUUUGACACGCCAUCCUUCGAAUGAUUUUCUUCAUGAGAUGGUGUAUAUUGCAAUAUUAAUAGCGGUAGGAAAUAAUUUAUAGGAUCAAUUAUUUAUAGGAAAAUUAUUAUUAGAUUGUUUUUAAAUAUUUUCGAAAUAUUAAUUUUUUAAUUUAUCAAUCAUAUUGAUUAAAAAAAGAAAUUACAAAUUCCGCGCCACAUUCUUACAAAAAAUAGUAAAAAAUAUAUGUAAAAAAAAUUAAUGAUUAUUUAAUCAUAAUUUAAUCAUAAUAUACAAUCAAUACAAAUUUCGUGUUCACGCAAUUCUUUUAAGAUCGGACGGAUUACCCUGCGCGAUGCUUGAUGAUCGGUCUGCGUAGAUUCAAUUAAUUAACAUUAUUUGCACCAACUCUAAUUAAUCUCAAAGAAAUGUAGUUUGAAAUAUUGUGAGUUAAUUAUCAUUCAUGAUUCUAGUAAUAAAUGUAAAGGAUACGGAGAAAGAGUGAGAGAGAGCGAAAGAUAAUAAGUAAAUAAUACUUUAUUAUUAAAUAUAUAUAUAUUAUAUAUAUGAGUGCGGUACUUGCCACGAUAUGCAUACCACACAGAGCAGUUUAGUUUAAACUUUAAUGGAACAAUAAGAUAUAAUAAUUAAUUAAUGAUGAAAUAAUUAUCGAAAUAUAUCUAAUUUUUUAUCGAUGUCAAAAAUUAAUUAGGAGAAAAAAGAAAAAAAUGAACUUAGCGAGCGGACGGAAAUAAGUACGUCAUGAGCACGCAUGUAUGUGAGAAAUUGAGCGAGAGUAAUAAAGUGCGUGCGUGAUAUAUAUAUAUAUAUAUUAAAAAUACUAAAUUCAAACUUAAUGAGAAUUUAUGAUGUGAUGCUUUAUCGAUUUAACUGCGGGAAAGUGACCUUUAUUCAAGUAAAAUACAUGUGGGGCGUUUCUGGCUACAAAACAAAUGAUUAAAAAUGAGAAAUGAAAUAAAAAUAAAAAAAAUAUGUGAAUUUUACUUAAUGUUAUGUUCAAUAGGAUUGCGGGGGCGGGCGUAAUUUAACGCCAUGUCGGAAAUUUCGAAAUGCUUGCAUUGUAUGCUUAUAUCGCGAAUAGUUCUGACGGAUUAAACAAUAAGAAACGAAAAAAAUAAAAAAAAAACAAAAAAAAAAUAAUAAAAAAAACAAUGAACGAAUGAAAAUAUGGAAAAAACUGUGUAACAAGAUUCAAUUUUACAUAAAUAUAUUUAGGCCCCUGAAUGUAACAGCAUCCUGUAUACAGUCUUCAGAAAAUUGUAUUUAUGAAUCAAUAACUAAAUGUAUUCCCACUGAAAUAUUUACACUUCCGACGAUACACAUUGCCAGUUUAUUGUCUUAAAAUAGUUUACAGUCAUCGGCUUUCCGACAUUAUCCGUCCCCGAAAAAUACAAAUGUAGCAUGUGUACUACAUAUAUGAAUCUACUAAGAAUAUACAAUCGAAAAUAUAACAAUGAAUACACAAUUAGAAGUAGAAUAAUUUCCUAAUUAGUAGUACUGUGCAUUUUAACAAUGUGAGCACAGGAAUGAUAAUUUUCAAUUUUCAUUCAUGAUGAUUAUAAAUCCGAGGACCAUGUUCGUUUGCAGUAUCUGUGUAUUAGCAAGUAAAAUGGUCUCCGGAUCAGGUACACAAUAAGCAAUUAUGAAGGAGAUACCAUACGUGUACUUUGAAAUUUAUAUAUAGGAGAAAAAAGUGCAUAGGAAUACAAUUGCCAGCGUUACGGCCCGAAACGUCGUACCGCCGAAUAAAAUAUGAAUUAUCUUAAAUGGUUUUACGUGUAUUAAAGCGAUUGUAAAUAUAUAUAUUAGAUACACCUUAUAAUAAACGUAAUUUAACA